UCCCAUCAGCUCUUCUGCACUUGUGUUGUCUCCUGACUCAUCUGCCUGCUCCUGAAAAUGGAGUAUGUCUGGUAUUGGCUCGAUGAUUCCGACCAGUGGAUUGAGUAUGGGAAAGAGCACCCAGGUCAUGCCACUGCCACUGUAACAUCUGCAUUUCUGGAGAAUGAAUAUCAAGCUGACAAGAAUGGUGUUAUUGUCUUCAGCGCUGGUUCUCAGCACUAUCAGUUAGACUUUGCAGACAUGGUCCAAACAAAUGUGCUCUUUAAGACUCAAAGAAGUGUUAUUCGACUGCCUAAAGAGUCAGAAGAUGGACAAGAUGGAAGCCAAAACAUGACUCUCUCACAUCCUGUCUAUCCUCCACAGUGGGACCAAACUGCACUGCCUGAUAUUGGGUACAAGUUGAUACAGCUCAGCACUGAUUCCCAAGAAUAUAUAAAAAUCAAGAGGCUAUUUGAGAAGACAAUGAAAGGUUACUGCAUCCACCAGCUGCAGAGGAUUCAGAACCCAACACUUUGGGACAUCUUUCAGUGGCAAAAAGAAAAGAUGAAGAAGCUCCAUAAAUCGAAAGGGGUGAAUGAGAGGCUCCUGUUCCAUGGCACAAGUCCAUCCCAUGUGUCUGCAAUCUGUGAGCAGAACUUUGACUGGAGACUCUGUGGGACUCAUGGGACAAUGUAUGGAAAAGGAAGCUACUUUGCCAGAGAUGCCAGCUAUUCCCACGAGUACUGCUCCUCUCUCGGUGGGCGUUACCGCGUGUUCGUAGCUCAGGUUCUCGCUGGAGACUUUGUGCGGGGCAGCCCUGAGUACUGCCGCCCUCCGCCCAGAGACAAAAACUCAAACAGACUUUAUGACAGCUGCGUGGAUGACCCCACAGACCCUUCCAUCUUUGUCAUCUUUGAGAAGCAACAAGUUUACCCUGCCUAUAUCUUGGAAUACAGCCUCGAGAGCAGCUGUGUGGUCCUGUAGUGAA